UGAGUGGCCUUAUCAAAAUGAUCCACCAGGGCAAACCGGGUAAAUGAGGGUCAAUGGCCUCAUGUCGCCAAGACGAGUGGGCAGGUGGUUCAGUAAUAAGCCUUACCUUAGACUGAAGUGAAACCAGAGCGCCAGAGGCUGCCGGGAGUAAACACGGAGGCCUAACAUGCGCCAGGAGGUUUGAAUCACCGAGGUCUACUGAGAGUCACCCUACCUGUCUGGACGAGGCCACCGGUAUGUACCCCAGCUCACAGUCGGUCAGACACCCGACUCAGGCUCUGUCAAUGAACAGUCAGUACAUUCCGCCUCCGUAUGACUUCACCGGCUAUCAUCACGUCCAGGGAGUCGGUGACCAGUCAACGAGUGCCUGGAACCCUUUUUACUCUCCCCGGGAGGAGUAUCCGUACAGCUUCCCGGGGUCAAGCCCCAGCGCCGGGCAGGUCAGCUUCACCUCCCCGGAGUUGAGCGGCACGCCCACCGCCGCGGGAGGAGGGUCGUACACCCCGUAUAACUUAAUCUCUGGACAGGACCCUUUCAGCUGCAGGAGGAGGCCACAUGAAUCCAUCAGACCGUCCGUUUCAGGAGGGAAGACUCGCACUAAGGACAAGUACAGGGUGGUGUACACUGACCACCAACGUCUGGAACUGGAAAAGGAGUUUCAGCACAACCGCUACAUCACCAUGAGGAGGAAGACCGAGCUGUCGAUGGCACUGAGCCUCUCCGAGAGACAGGUGAAGAUCUGGUUUCAGAACAGACGCGCCAAAGAGAGGAAAAUCAACAGGAAGAAGCUGCAGCAUUCCCAGCAGGCCUCUACCACCACACCCACCCUACCUGUACUAGGUGGACACACUGACAUUCAUGUCACCACCAGCCCCAGCAGCAACAUUCUGUCUGAUGCAAUAUCAGAGGAAUAUUAGGUGGAUUUCAUAUGGAAGACUCAUGGAGCAUCUGAUGUGUACAUAGUUGUUUUUUUUUUAUAAGUUCACCACAGAAUGAAUGGAGAUGAUUCAACAUGAUGUUAUAAUGCUGCACUUUCUGCCUCUCACAUUAACAAGCACCACUGAUCUUUUGUACUGAUCGUCUCUUCUGGACGUUUGCUGACCACAGGACUUUAACUUGUCACUUGUCAAACGUACGUGCUGUGUUUACGAACUGGUGGUUAAAGUGACAAUGAAACUGUGUUUUCAGAAGUUCCUCUCUUUAACGUACAGGCAUGUUGAAAUGUUCUUGGUUGAUGGAGAAAGAGAGGAUUUGUGCAUGUACUGUAUAUACACGUAUCUGCAACCUGACCAAGAAAAGAGGAAUGGUG